ACGCCUCCAACACCGUCAACAGUUGAGCUUGGGAAUAGACAUGCGGAAUAUCCUAUCGAUAACGGUUGUGGGACUGCUGCUUGGCGUCGCCUAUGGCACGGACUACUGCAACCUGAAGACCUGUGGCAGCAGCAAGCACAUUGGUUGCAACAACAAUGGCGCUUGGGGCUCGGCAUGUCCCAGCGACAAGGCUUUGAUCAAUCUCUCGGCCGCAGAGAAGAACGUGAUCUUGGACAAGCACAAUGAGUAUAGAAAUUUCAUUGCCGGCGGUGGCGAUAGCAAACUGAGUCCCGCCUGCCGCAUGGCCACCAUGCAGUGGAACGACGAGCUGGCCCACCUGGCCUCCCUCAACGUCAAAAGCUGUGAGAUGCGUCACGACGCGUGCCGCAAUACGGAUGCCUUCAACUGGGCUGGCCAGAAUCUGGCUUGGAUCGGUUACUUCAAUCCACUGAACACAACGGCCAACGCCAUCAGCAGCGUGAACAUGUGGUACAGUGAAGUCUCCAAUACGCAGCAGGCCUACAUUAAUUCGUAUCCAGCGAACUAUAACGGUCCCACCAUUGGCCACUUCACCGUCAUGGUCGCCGAUCGCAAUACGCACGUUGGCUGCGCCGUCUCCACCUACUCGGUCAAGGGUCAGAGCUACAAGGCCUUCCUCAUGGCCUGCAACUAUGCAGCCACCAAUGUCAUUGGCGUCAAGAUCUACAACUCCUGCUCAGUUCCGGCCAGCAAGUGCACCACUGGAGUCAAUCCCAAAUAUAAAUUCCUGUGCAGCACCAAGGAAGUUUACGAUGUCAACAACUUGAACUACUAAACAAUGUCUAAACACUGAAUGCAAAUAAAAACUGAAUAUUCUACGAUUACUAGAA